UCGAUAGUUGAUACUCCGAUUUUGUUAGUCAGUAGCGUGUGAUUGUGUUAGUCACUGGAGUGUGGCAACAAUUCGUGACGUUGGUUAUAGCUAUUUCAAGGCUUCAACCAGGAUACGUAUUCUAAUAUAAACUUUCAGACGAAACAUCAGUUCAGUAGAAGACAGAACACGCUGAGAGAUAAAACAGCCUGAAUCGCAGCAAACACACACAGAGGAUAAUGGCAGGUUUAAUUAAAGCUAAAGAGUAUGACUGGAAAGACAGUAACCUUGAAAUGUUCGGGUCUGACCUUGACAGAAAUGUGAAAAAGGAUUCCGCCAAAACAGAACCAGCCUGGAAACAUGCUGGAGAGAAACCUGGAAUCCAGGUCUGGAGAAUUGUGAAAUUUAAAGUUAGAGACUGGCCUCAGCAGGAUUAUGGGAAGUUUUUCAAUGGAGAUUCAUACAUUGUGUUGAACACAUACAAGGAGGAAGGCACCGAACAGCUCCUGUAUGAUGUGCAUUUCUGGAUCGGCAAACACAGCACUCAGGAUGAAUAUGGAACAGCAGCAUAUAAGACGGUGGAACUAGAUACAUUGCUUGACGAUGUCCCCGUUCAACACCGUGAAGUUCAAGGUCACGAAUCAGCUCUUUUCAAGAGUUACUUUCCUACAAUCACAAUUUUGGAAGGAGGAGCAGAUAGCGGAUUCCGACAUGUAAAACCAGAGGAGUACAAACCAAGACUCUUUCAUUUCCAUGGCGACAGGAAACACGUGGAUGUCAAAGAGGUACCACGAGCCAAAAGCCGGCUAGACAAAACUGACGUGUUUAUCCUGGAUCUUGGUCUGAGGAUAAUCCAGUGGAAUGGAAGUGGUUCAAACAAGGAUGAGAGAUUCAGGGCCUCUCAGUAUAUGCGUGGUCUGGCUGAUGAAAGAAAUGGUCGCGCCAAGACUGAGGUGGUAGAUGAAGAUGGAACAGACUCGGAUACAAGACGGAUGAAGGCCGAAUUCUGUAAGUUCCUCACAGAGGAGGACCGUGAAGACACGGACAAGCAGUACGAAGCGGCUGAUUUGUCAAAACAGCUUUUCAGAUUGUCUGAUGAAAGUGGCAAAUUGCAGUUUUUUUUGGAGAAGGAAGGCUCAGUUACAAAAGGCGACUUUGACAGCAAGGAUGUCUUCAUAUAUGACACAAAACAAGAGUUGUUUGUCUGGAUCGGCAAACAGACGAGCUCCACAGAAAAGAAGAACGCAAUGGCCUAUGCUCACAAAUACCUGAUGAAGUCCGAUCAUCCCCUCGUUCCAGUCAGUUGUUUGAAGGAAGACAGACCGUCACGGGAAUUUAUUUCUGCCCUGGCUGCCUAAACUUCUUCACUGUGAACAAGAACCAGAAACUGUUUUUUGUAAUACUAAUACACCAUUGUGUUUGAUAAUAACCGUAACAAAAAAUAUAUAAUGUAUUUCUGCCCUGGUCGCCUAAACUUCUUCACUGUGAACAAGAACUAGAGACUGUUUUCUGUAAUACUGAUAUACCAUUGUGUUUGAUAACAACCUUAACAAAAAAUAUAUAGGCCCUAAUGUAUUUCUGCCCUGGCAGCUUAAACUUCUUCACUUUGAACAAGAACUAGAGACUGUUUUCUAUAAUACUGAUUCACUAUUGUGUUUGAAAACCCCCCCAAAAAACAAGAUCAUCAUAGCUGUGAUGUUGCAAAGAGUUCAAUGCCAAACUGUGAUAUAUGCCAAUUUCUAGAUUUUGGAGUUAGCAGUGAAGGUGUGCUGGGCUACGUCAGAAACCAGUCAAAUAGCUUGUGAACGUUAGCCAAACGCUUGCUGGCUGAACUUAGGACUGAUGUUGGUACAACUCAACAAUAUAGCAAUAAAGAUUCUGUCAAAACGCGAUCUAUGCCCAUUAAACAGGACCUUAAAUGAUGGUUCAUGUGAAAAAUUGUACAUCAAACAUGUCCAUGUAUGUUGCAGAACAAUCAUGUUUUCUCAAAAUGACAUAAAUGGAUAUACAUGUAUUACAGUUAGGGAAAUGAACUCUUCAUGUUUUGGUGUUUUUUUUAUCAUAUAUAUAUACAUGUAUACAUUUUGCUUUCAUAGCUAUCAUAACGUUAACUAGUGUUGCAUGUCAAUUAACUUUCAGUCAAAUUGAAUAGUGCUGAAUUGUGCUUUAAACUGUAUUAACAGAACGUGUAGUACUGCAGUGAAACCCCUCAAAAUCGGACCCUCUAUAAACUGGAAUUUGUUACAAACCGAACAUCUUUUACAAUCCCUUUUUAAAAUAACGGUAUACAACACAACCUCUCUAAACUGAACACCUAUUAAAAUCAGACUUUUUAC